CGCCGUUGCGUGAAACCGUCGACGCUUGCCGAUUGGCCGGGCCGGUCUCGACCAAUCCGGACGCGACUCUCAUUAACACUCGACCGGGGCGUCGGUGUUGUCACAUCGCCGCCGCCGCCACACAGUCAGUCGGCACCGAGCGCGCUAACCGUUGUCGUUGUCGUCGUCGUUGUUGUUGUUGUUCUCGUUAUCGUUGUCGCUUUUGUCGUCGUUUUUGUGGUCGUAGUAGUAGUGUGACGGCGAUUCGUCUCUACUCGGCCCCUCGUGUUUUUACAUAUUAUUCGCGCGCACACACACGAUCACUGUCAUAAUUAUUAACGUUAAUUGUACGUAUGUGUACAAAAAAUAUUUUAAUAAUAAUCGUCGCGUUUAAUAUUUUUUAAACUCUUUUCGCGUUCGACGCUCGAAAACACUCCGUCGAAACCGCGCGCGAACAACAACGAUCGACCGUGUCUCGCGUGUGAUUGCCGAUAAAAAUAAUAUUUUUCCGGAACAACGUCGAAACGAAUCACAAUAACAAUCGAAAAAUAUAAUACAGCGAAGAAAACAUACAUUUCGCUUUGCGCUGGAUUUUUUUUUCCUUUUCCGUGCUCCGUCAAUCACUCGCGGUAAACAUUUGUGAAUGCUCGUACAGGAGUCUGGUCCACCGUAGUGGCUGGGUCAAACGGUAACGGCGUGGACGGCGUGGCUGUUAUGCGGUUCGAGCAAGCGGACCUCAGGUGCCGGUCACCCCGUGGGGCACCGGACACCCCGCAGACCGCUGCCGCUAUGACCGGCGGCCAACGUUCACCAGACACAUCGUACACGGCGGCCCGCGCGUCGUCCACCGAUUUUUCCGUCAGCUCGCUGCUGACGAACAACAACAACAGCAGCAGUGGCGGCGCGCCGCCGUCCACGGUGCAGCAGCAAGCCGGUGGCCAGCAGCAGCAGUACCCGCCGCCGCCUCCGCCGCCUCCCGGUCUGUCGGCCGCAGCGGCCGCGGCGUACGCCAUGGGCGCCUGUUAUCCGGGAACCAUGAUACCCAUGCCAAAGAUGCACCACGCGCCGCAUCACCCGGGCGCCGGUAGCUAUCCGGCCGAAGAGAUGCUCGCGUUGGCCGCGGCCGUCGCGCACGGCGUCCACCAUCCACACCCGGCGGCCGCGCUACCCCGUUCCGUGGUCAGGCCCGAGGACGACGGCGUGGUCGACGAUCCCAAGGUCACGCUGGAGGGCAAGGAUCUGUGGGAAAAGUUCCACAAACUCGGCACCGAAAUGGUCAUCACCAAAUCUGGCAGGCGGAUGUUCCCCGCUUACAAAGUUCGAGUAAUGGGGCUUGACAAAAAGGCCAAAUACAUACUGCUAAUGGACAUCGUGGCUGCCGACGACUGUCGCUAUAAGUUCCACAACAGGUACAAAAACCGAUGGAUGGUGGCCGGAAAAGCUGAUCCGGAAAUGCCCAAGCGAAUGUACAUACAUCCCGAUUCCCCGUCGACUGGUGAACAGUGGAUGCAAAAAGUCGUAUCGUUUCACAAGCUAAAACUCACCAACAAUAUAUCUGACAAACACGGAUUUGGCUUAAAUCAGUUUUCGCUACAGACCAUAAACAGACCUAUCAACCGUUUCCACAGAUUUCCAGAGACCAUACUGAACUCGAUGCACAAAUACCAGCCUCGCUUCCAUCUAGUCAGAGCCAACGACAUCAUCAAGUUACCGUACUCAACUUUCCGUACCUACGUGUUCAAGGAAACCGAGUUUAUCGCUGUUACGGCAUAUCAAAACGAAAAGAUAACUCAGUUGAAAAUCGACAACAAUCCGUUCGCCAAAGGAUUCCGAGACACCGGUGCUGGUAAACGAGAAAAAAAAUGUGUACAACGUAAUGGUGUUUUCAGGCAAGCAAUGUUGACGGCGCAACGACACGGUGGCCAAACAGUUCAAAGCCAAGACGAAAAGCCCUCUGGUUCAGAUCACGAAGAUGAUAAACCACUGGACGUUGUCGGUGGAGGAGACCCUGACUCGCCAAUUUCUGCUCACCAUCAUCACCAUCACCAUCAACCCCACCAACCCGGUUCGUGGUUUUCGGGAUUAGCUGAUAGUAGUCUGCUCCUAGAGGACGCUAUGAGAAGGCGCCUGGCAGGUCAUCCGGCCCUUCAUCACGCAGCGUUCCUACAACACCAUCAUCACCAACAAACUCAUCAGCAGGAAAUUGACAGUGAACAAGAAAGCAGUUGUUCCGAAUCAGGCCGGGAUAGAAUGAACUCGCCGUCCGAUAAGGAGUCAGCUGGUCCUUCAGGACCCGGACACAGCCCCGGCGACUACCCGUCACCGAACGUGUCGUUUGGACCACCGAUCCCCCCGUCGCCGCACCUGUUGCCAUACUUGUAUCCCGGCAUGUACCCCGGCGGCCCUGGCCUGGGCGGUCCGCUCUGCCCGUCGGCGCUCAGCCCUACCACCAACCUGCUGUUCAACGCUCAGCUGGCGCUGGCCGCUCACCACCCUGGGUCGCUGUUCACCCAGGCGUACCUGCAGGGCGCCGCGGCCGGUGGCGGCGCUGGCGGCGGUGGAGGCGGUGGCAGUCACCCGUUCAAGAUGACCACCAGCGGUCUGGCCGCGGCCGCGGGCCUGGGCCGGUUUCACCCGUACCACCUUGGCCUCCAUCACCCGCUUCACCCGUCGUCCGUCGGCUCUGCGUUCGAAACCGUGACGCCCGGCCGGAGUUCGUCGGCCGGCAGUACGCCGCCGCCCGCGCCGCUCGACCUCCAGUCGCCGACCAACGGCGGCGGUGGCGGUCGACAGACGUCGCCUCCACAACAGCCGCUGCCGCCGCCACUGCCUCAGCAGCCGUCACCGGCCUCGGUGCAGCAGCUGCAACCGCCGCCGCGACAGUCGUCAGUGUCGCCGUCGCAACGGCAACACCACCACCACCACCGGACGGCUGCCGCCAAUCAGCCGUCGCCGACCAGCAGCGAACUGAAGUCCAUCGAGAAAAUGGUCAACGGGCUGGACUCGGCGUCAGCGGCAGCUGCGGCAGCAGCAGCGGCAGCAGUGGCAGUAGCGUCGUCUACGGCCGACGAACAACAAGCAGCAGCAGCAUCAGCAGCAGUGGCGAUUGUCAAGUAAACCGCGCGUAAACCUCCCCUGCCGCCGUCCUCCACUACCAAAUCAUCCCCACCGCCCCCUUGAACAUUUACACAUACACUCAUCACACAUACGUAUUACACUCACAUACACGCGUUUCUACUAUGUUGUAUAUAUAAUAUGAUAUUAUAUGAUAAAUUUGACUUCGUUAUUGUAGAAAAUUAUUUACAAUUAUAUAUA